AUGAAACUUUCCUCUACCUUUAUUGCGGCAUCAAUCCCCUUCUUAACCUCCUUAGUUUCUGCACAAGAUCAUGGUGAGGAGUAUGCACAAACAAUGGGCCCGGUUGCUUUCCUGUGGCCUCCUGACAGAGACUGGACUGAGGCUAGCGAAAACACAGCACCUUGCGGUUCCGGUGCCAGCAUCACUAACCGUACCAUUUUCCCUCUGACAGGUGGACACGUUUUGCUAGUUGCCCAGGAUGAAGCCUGGGAUGUCAAAGUUGCUAUUUCCUACAAGUCCAAUCCCACUUCUAUGAAUGACUUUCAGGACUGGUUCUCUGCUAACUUAACCAAUGACCUGGACACCGCCCACAUGUGUUACUCUACACCUAAUGUAUUAUCAUCUGUCAAGGAAGGUGACUACGGUACCAUUCAGCUUGUGUACAAUGCUCUCGACGGUACUUCCAACAUUUCCCAUUAUGCCUGUGCUGAUGUUGAGUUUGUUGAGCUUGAAAACUUUGUUCAGAAUGGUUACUCAUCCUUCUGCUUUAACACUACUGAGGAAGAAACUGCUCCUUCUGACACCCCCAGUGGCGUUGAUGAUUCCUCAGCCAACUCGGUUGCCUCUUCUGUUGCAGGAAGUACUUCUACUGCCUCUAUUGGUGCUGCUUCAACAAGUUCUGCUUCGGCUUCUGCUACUUCCAGUAAAAACGACGCCUCCUCAUAUGCUUUCUCCGGCUUUGUUGCCAUUGCAGGUGUCAUUGCAGCUAUGGUUUAA